AUGGUGGAUGCGGAAUUCAAACGAAAACUAAAUGAAAUCCGUGAGAAAGUAGAAGAUCUUUUUGAUUUUGAAGGAUGUAAAGUUGGACGUGGGACAUAUGGAAGUGUUUAUAAAGCCAAACUUAAAGAUGGUACAGACGGUAGAGAUUAUGCAUUAAAACAAAUUGAAGGUACUGGUUUAUCUAUGUCUGCGUGCCGAGAAAUAGCUCUUCUUCGUGAGUUAAAGCAUCCAAAUGUAAUUACUCUACAACGAGUUUUUCUGAAUCAUACAACUAGGCGAGUAUGGCUGCUAUUCGACUUUGCAGAACAUGAUCUUUGGCAUAUUAUAAAAUUUCAUAGAACAACUAAAGCAAAUAAAAGUACAGUUCAAGUCUAUGGCAAUAUGGUCAAAAGUUUAAUGUAUCAAAUAUUAAAUGGAAUCCAUUAUUUACAUGACAAUUGGGUUUUACAUCGAGAUUUGAAACCUGCAAACAUCUUAGUUAUGGGUGAAGGUCCUGAUCGAGGUCGAGUUAAAAUAGGUGAUUUAGGUUUUGCUCGUCUAUUUUAUCAACCACUGAAGCCAUUAGCUGAUUUGGAUCCAGUUGUUGUGACAUUUUGGUAUCGUGCACCAGAAUUGCUACUAGGAGCUAGACAUUAUACAAAAGCUAUUGAUAUAUGGGCCAUUGGAUGUAUUUUUGCAGAAUUACUAACAUAUGAACCUAUAUUUCAUUGUCGUCAAGAAGAUAUUAAAACAAGUACACCAUAUCACAAAGAACAACUGGAGCGUAUUUUUCGUGUAAUGGGAUAUCCACCAGAUGAUGCUUGGGUUGAUAUGAAAAAAAUGCCAGACUAUCAUCAAUUAUUACGUGAUUCCAUAAGUAAAAAAACCUAUGGUAAAUAUUCACUGGAAGGUUAUUUUGAAGAGAAAAAAUUCAAAGUGGAUGAAAGGGAAUUAGCUUUGCAGACAGCUGUGAAAUCAACUUCCCAUCGUAGAUUUACUUGUUCUUUUGAUGUAAAAAAAAGUGUAUUUCACGGCGUAUCACGUGGAAGGGAAUUCAAUUUUGGACGAUCUAAUGGUCUCUAUUCUGAUGGAUUUCGUACUACACCUCCACCACCCGCUUAUUCUAGUUUAAAGCAUAUGAUUCAACCACCACCAGCUUAUUCAGAAAUUCAAUCUACUACUGAUUUAUUAGCUAAACAAUGUGUUAAUACAUCAACGUUAAUAACUACUACUACUACUUCAAAUAUAGGAAAUCCAGUAGAAAUUGAACAAUCACAACAUGAAUCAAUGCAUAUAACAUCAUCACCUAAUACUAAUAUUACUACUACUAAUAGUACUACUACUGUCAACACGAAUUCUCCGCCUUCUUAUUCUGAAGUUGUUUUAUCACGUUCCAAUCAUUCAUAUAACUAUCAAAUCAAUCAUAACACAUCAUCUUCAGACGCUAACGAAUCAAACACAACAUGUACAUCAAAUCUUGAUACGUCGAGUACAAUUACAAAUUAA